AUGGUUCAGUACAAAAUAGAAGUCACGACGGGUGUCUUGAAAUCUUCAGGAACAUGGGACCAAAUAUACAUCACCUUAUUUGGAACUGAAGGACAGAGUGAGAGAACCGAGUUGGACAACUUUGGAACUGACUUUUCAACUGGGACAACAGGAACCUACACCCUGAGCACCGAUCUGUCUCUGGGGAAACUUCUGCUGUUCAAGGUGGAGAAAGAUCCAUUUUUUUAUCUCCCAGAAGAUGAGUGGUACCUCUCCAAAAUAGUGGUGAUGACCCCAGAAGGAGAAGCCAUUCUUUUCCCCUGUCACAGAUGGAUCUCUCGAGGAGAACUGGUGGAGCUCAGAGGAGGCAGAGCCUUGAAGGGAUUUGAGGAGGACCAUCCCCUGUUGAUUGAACACCGUGAAAAAGAGCUGAUGCUUAAAAAGAGUGUUUACCAUGGUAUUGAACUGAAGAUCAAGGGACUGCUUGGAUCUGCUGAGAAAUGGGAAAGCAUUGAAGACAUGAAAAAUAUCUUCUCCUGGAGAAAGACAACAAUGUCAGAGUAUGUUACAGAGCACUGGAAGGAAGAUGACUUUUAUGGAUCCCAGUUCCUGAAUGGACCCAAUCCCAAUGUGAUCAAGCGCUGCUCAGAGCUUCCCCCAAACUUUGCAGUCACAGAGGAGAUGGUGAAGCCGUUCCUGGAAGAGGGAAGCUCUCUGCAGGAGGAACUGAAGAAAGGCAAUAUAUUCCUCUCUGACCAGAAGAAGAUGGAUGGAAUACCCCCGAGAGCCUAUAAUGGAGAACCUCUGCACGUGACUGCUGGUCUCUGUUUGUUCUACUUGAACCCAGAAAACAAACUGAGGCCCAUUGCAAUACAGUUACUUCAACAACCUUCUGAGCAGAACCCCAUCUUUCUGCCCAGCGACUCGGAGACUGACUGGCUGCUGGCCAAGAUGUUUAUUAAAAAUGCUGAUGCCAUGGAUCAUCAAGCAGUCCAACACCUCAUGAAAACUCACUUGCUGGCAGAGGUCUAUACUGUUGCUGCUCUCCGCAGCUUCUCUGUGAUUCAUCCCCUCUAUAAGCUGCUGUUUCCACACUUCCAGUCUACUCUGUUUAUAAACACUGGAGGGCGCUCAACUCUUUUUGGACCUGAUGGGGCUUUGAGUAUAAGUUCACUUGGAUAUGACGGACUGACGGAGCUCAUGAGAAGGGCUCUCUCUGAAACGACCUACAGCUCUCUCUGUCUGCCAGAGGACAUCACUGCACGAGGACUGGAAUCCAUCCCCAACUUCUACUACAGAGACGAUGGCCUGAAGCUGUGGAGCAUCAUCAACAGCUUUGUGAAGGCCGUAGUGGAGUACUACUAUCCCUCAGACAGUGAAGUGUGUAAAGACACUGAGCUGCAGGAAUGGAUCGGUGAGAUAUUCACACAUGGCAUCUUGGGAAACAAAGCCUCAGGGUUUCCAGAGAGCUUUCAUACUGCCGAGGAGCUGACCAAAUUCAUCACCAUGGUGAUCUUCACAAUGACCGGUGAACAUGCUGCAGUAAACAAUGGACAGUUUGACAACUACUUCUGGAUGCCAAAUGGCUCACUCCUGCUGCGCAAACCUCCUCCAACCACUAAGGGCCAGUCGAGCAUGGAGACAAUUUUGGAGACUCUCCCAAAUGUUGGUGACACGGUCAACAUUGGAGCACUCAGUUGGAUACUUUCAGAGACGUACACUGACGUGGUUCCCAUAGGUACAUGCCCCAAAGAGCGAUUCAAUGAGCCUGCUCCAAAGCAGAUGAUUAAGGAAUUUCAAGUAGAGUUGUCCUCCCUCAGUGACGCAAUUACAAUAAGAAACUUGCAGCUUGAAAUGCCUUACAGCUACCUGGACCCUGCUCGGAUCGAGAACAGUAUUGCUAUUUAACUCGACUCUGGAAGACUAUACUCAAGACUAAGUCUGUUUUGGUCGGACAUAUUUAAGCUUGGACUCAUGAUAUGCAUCCAAGUCCAAAUUGACAGAUGUAUGCUGAGCAGUGAUGACAUAAUGUGGUGAUUCUCUGCAGCAAUUUGAAAAAUAAAUAUGGAUCUAAAAUAUCAA